CCCACCGAGAGAGUUGAAUGGGAUCCCAGUGUGAUUUGGCACAGAGGCGAGAGGGGAGCACAGCACAGCACAAGUCCUGGAUGAGGUUUGAGCCAAAAGCACUCUGGUGCCCGACUUUUAUCGACAUACCUCCGUCUGUCUGGCCCACAGAAGUGAGCCAAAGGAUUCACGGUGCGUAAUUACGCACAGGGACGAUAUAUCCGUGGUUGUUCGCCGUGGAAAGCUGCGGACAAAGGAAGGCAGACAGACUGGAGUACAACAGCUGAUUUGAGAAGAGAGGAGUACUGUUGGAGGGGUAACGGGAGAAAUCAGGAGUCGGAAGUGAUUUGUCUUUUUUUCCCAGGAUUUUGGGGAAGAAGCGAAUCAGUUUGCAAACCGAGAAGAAAAGGACAAAAAGUGGAGUGGUGAGUGGAAUCAGUUCCCCAAACAACAUCCAGAUUCUCGGAGCAUGGGAGAAGUUGUCUGUGAGCUGUAAAAUGUUCCCGCUACACCGAGAGAGGGAGCAGCCCAUCUUCAGCGCCAGAGCUCAUGUCUUCCAGAUCGACCCGGCCACUAAGCGCAACUGGCUGCCGGCCAGCAAACACGCCGUCACCGUGUCCUUCUUCUACGAUGCCAGCCGUAGCGUCUACCGCAUCAUCAGCGUUGGCGGAACAAAGGCCAUCAUCAACAGUACCAUCACCCCCAACAUGACCUUCACCAAAACCUCCCAGAAGUUUGGCCAGUGGGCAGACAGCAGGGCCAACACCGUCUACGGCCUGGGCUUCUCCACGGAGCAGCAACUGCAGCAGUUUGCAGAGCAGUUUAAGGAGGUGAAGGAGACGGCCCGUCUGGCCAGAGAGAAAUCUCAGGAGAGGUUUGAACUAGCCAACCCUGCGCUCAACAUUGCAGCUCCAGAGCUCUCCCAGGAGUUGUCGGAAGAUCGUCAUUCUCCGCCGCUGCUCGCAGUCAACGGACCGGGCGAGGAAAAGCUGUUUCGCAGCACGAGUGCCGAAGUGGAGUUGACGGCAGAGAAGGAGAGGGUCAAAAAGAUGUUGUCUGAAGGGUCAAUGUGUGAGAUAAACCUGGAGGCUGAACUCUUCACCCUGCAGGACAGUAACUCCAAGUUGGUGGAAGCACUGCAGGAAGCCAACAGCAGCGUGGAGCAGUGGAAGAAACAGCUGGCUGAAUACCAGGAGGAGACCGAUCGCCUCAGAGACCAGGUGGCAGAGCUUGAGGCCCAGCUGGGGCAUCCUGCUGCAGGUCAGACUGCUAGAGAGGAGCUGACUCGCUCACUGGAGGAGCUGGAAGCCCUUCUGAGCACCAAAGAUCAGGAAAUUCACAAUCUACAAAGCAAGAAAACCGAUGUGGGUGAGCUGGAGAAAGAGAGAGAGGAGGCCAUGCAGAGACUCCAGGAUCUGGAGAGACGAAACUGUGACUUGGAGGAUCGUGUCCAGAGUGCUGAAAAGACGCUAGCAUCUAACCGGGAGGAGCAGGACCAGGCGGAGGUUGAGGUCCGACACAUCAUCGACGUUCUGGACGUCAAAAUUGGCGACCUGAAAGACCUGAGACAGAGCCUGGCAAAACUCAUCGACAAAUAGCCACAGCAGCAGUUGGGCUGCAUCUCCGCAUUCAGCACUUGUUCCACCCAUGCGGCCUUGAUUUGUGUUUUACUGGUUUAUCAGCAGAGCAACAAUCAAAGCAAUAUGGUGGGAAACGGUACAGGUGUUUACCUUUAUGGAUCUGUGUUUUUAAGAUCAGUGCAGGUAAACAUCAGGUAUCAGAAACAAAAUAAAAAAAUCAUUGUCACAUUCAUACUGCAAUUUUGGUGGAUAUUAUUAUCAUAAACCGUUGACAGUAUGGUCGAACAGGCUACUACUUGUUUUCCAUAUCAUAGUUCCCAGCAGCUGCAUGUCCUUCAGCUCCUGAAGGGAAUAAUAUGAUUUUUUCUCUUUUCACAAUCUGCCAUCACCAAACACUUUAGUUUUAGAUGAAUUUGCUCUGGAAGAACAGUGCCCUUUUCCAUGACAUUGCAAUCCAGUAUUCUUAAAGGCCCUGAACACCCUCACAGGUGUUUUAAAUUAAUCUGCCUAAUUGGACCUCUUCCCAGGACUGUGUGGCUGUGUCUAGACUACUUGAUUGACAUGUUUCUGAGUCUCUUGUUAGCCUUGUUGCACCAGUUAGGGCAGGAAGAUUGACAGAUUUACCAUUCUUAUUGGUAGAAAAGAUUUGUGAUCUAAUAAAUACCCAUCUAAGCUCCAGCCCAUCUUCAACCUGAGCAGAGGUCUAAUCAGCUACAAAAACUGAAAUCACCUGUGUGGGGCUUAAAACGCUGAGUAUUGGCUGCUGACAAUCUUUUGCAGUCUCAAUUGUUUAUGGUAAUAAUACUGAUGUCUCAAAAGGACUCCUAUAAGGAUUUAUUGACUGAAAAUAACACUUAACCUUUAAAAGAGGACUUGCACCAAAACUGAUUUAGGCUUGCUAUAUUGCAAAAGAUAUAUUAGAUAGAUAGAUAUUUCCAACAGAUAUCAAAUGUUUCUACUUGUUUUUACUUAACAAGAGGCAGGAGUAGCAAUAAAACUAGGAAAGAAUCGAAAGAUAAUGGCCUGAUGUUGUUUAAUAAAAGCCAGCGGUGCUGUUUGCCUGCAGAGCUGGAGGUCCCAACCAUUCAACCAUGUAUGAGCACGGAUAGUAAAACUUCAGUCCUGUAACAGCAAGACUUGCAUCAAUGCUUGAGAUGGUUAUAAAAUAAAGUUAAAUGGACAAUUACAUUUUAUACUUAUAUUAAACAUAAAUAUUUGAUCAUAAGUCUGGACAUUUGGUUGAUAGGAACAACCAAGCGACUGUUCGUAAGUGUUUUGUUCACUGCAGUUUGACACAUUAAACAGCAUGAGGCCCACCCAUAUUAGUCCUUUAUGAAUAAGCCUUUUGGAAAUGCAUUUUCUCAUAUUGUUAUUGGUAGAUCUCAGAAGUCACUGCAAGAAAGACAACUGAGAAAAAUCAAGACAAGUUAUACAAGUAAAUAAGUGUCUACUUUUACAAAUAACAACUUUGAUUUUUUUAUUGGUGUCAUCCUUCAACACUGUGGAGAUGCACCCGGUUGAAGUUUGGUCAGGAUAAGGACAGAUGGAGGCAAAGACCCUGAAUAAAGUUAGCUCCAGUUCACCAUCAGCAGCUUGGACUGGUCUCACACCAGCCAGAACAUUAACAAACUCAGAGAUGCAACAACCCGCUCCCAUUCUGUUUGUUUUAUGAGGACUACUCUUUUCUCACUUUAUUCUAUUAUUCAUGUUCAUCAAUGGGUACUACUCAUACUCAGUCAGGAUGGGAAAUCACAGAAGAAAUUUGUGCUGAAUUCAAAUCUGCGGCUGGUAGGUUUGUCUUCUCCACCACUUUGUGUGUGUGUGUGUGUGUGUGUGUG